AUGGAACAGAUGCUUGUGGCAUUGACUGAAGCUAUGAUGCAACAACAAAGACAACAACCUUUGCUCCCUCCGCCUCUGUCGGUACAAGCCAAAACAGAUAAUAAUGAUGUUAUCAACCUGACAUACAAAUUCAUGAAGAUCAAACCGCCAACAUUCUUUGGUGGAAUUGAAUCAUUGAAAGCAGAGACAUGGUUGUUUGAGAUGGAAAAACUGUUUGAGGUAUUUCCCUGUACCGAGACUCAGAAGGUUUUAUUGGCCACCUAUACUCUUAAAGACGAAGCUCGGAGAUGGUGGUUACUGAUUCGGAAUACCAAUGGAAAUAUGAUGUGGGCUCGAUUUAAUGAGAUCUUUUAUGAAAAGUAUUUUCCUCAAUGUUUUCGGAACCGAAAAAUGUUUGAAUUCCAAGAGCUCAAGCAAGGCAGAAUGUCUGUAGCCGAGUACGAGGCAAAGUUCACUGAAUUAGCCAGAUUUGCUCCUCAUGUGGUGGACACAGACUACAAGAAAGCCCGCAAAUUUGAUAAAGGAUUGGACUUAGACAUAUUUGAUCAAGUUGGUGUACUAAAGUUGCCAACGUAUGUGCAAGUUCUUGAUAGAUCCUUAAUGACAGAAGCCACACUAGCCGCCAUGAGACAAAAUAAGGCCCCAACAACAACAACAACUGAUUGGAGAGGAAAAAGGUCUGGGUAUGGUUUCAGAAAAUGCCGUUUUCAGAGGGGUGUAUGCUACCGAGCAUCCGGUGCUUGUUUCCGAUAUGGAAGGACAGGCCAUGUAGUGAAAGAUUGCCCACUUGGGUUUGAGAAUGCCAGCCAUCCUAUGGUGAGUUUAGGUGCGUCUGCUUCUAUAGUCAAAACAAAUGCAAAAGCUAAUGCUGAGAAAGAACCUCUGAGACAAGGUCGAGUGUUUGCCUUAGUGCCUGGUGACCUACAGAACGCUGAAACUGUGGUGUCAGGAAAAGCUAAUACUAUAGCUAACGCCCUGAGCCGAAAGUCGAUUGGAAAUUUGUCAUGUUUGCUUUCCAGUCAAAAAGAAUUACUAGAUGACCUGGAAAAGAAUGAGAUUGAAAUUGUUUUGUGA